GCGAUGGAAACGGAGGCAUAAAUUGAGCAACUGAUAAUAUGCCGCGAUCAUGCAUGCAGUCAAAUUAAAAUUGAUACACUAGUGAAUAUUCAGGAGAAAUAAACAGGCAUGAGACUGUUCACUGGUAUACUGAUGUGAGUUAACUCAGUAUGCAAGCCUGAACUGGGGAACAUAAAUUUUUCGGAUAAGAGAAAGUGCACGUAGUGUGAAGUUGGGAGAGGAACAAUCGAUAUGACGUCCCCUUCCCCCGAAAUCAAGGCUGCUAACUUGCUCUCAGCAAAGUCAUCAGCUGAUAGAAUCCCUUCGACGUCUUCACCAGUAUUACGUCCUCUUACACCAGUGCAAGCAAAGAUGGUAUUCAAAGCAGCAAAACAUUGGAGGAACCAACAUGAAACGAUCAUCAAUAACAAAAUAACGAACCUUAGAAAUGCAAAACGAAACAGAGAUUUAAAAGCUGAGAAUGAAAUUAACGAAAUUGUUGCUAGACGAGUUCCAUUUGAUAUAUUGGCUAAAGAAUGGCUCGACGUUGCUAACGUAUCAAUUGAACAAAGAUCUUACCUUUUAGACAAACUCAUCCCAACUCUUGUUCUUGGAGUCGAAAAACUGUUGACAGUUGCAGAGAAAAAAGGACUUAUUGAUACUGAAGAGCCUGUGAAGGAUUUUAAUCCAAUAAAUUACCUUGCUCAAUAUCUCAUGCGAAAUAAUCCGAGGUACAGCAAUUUUGCUGAAGCUUCACCUUAUGCAAGGGGAAUUAGAAAACUUCUGGAUGAUUUAAAGAAAGAGGCUUACAACCAAGAAGAGAAUAAGUUGGCUAAAAUGAAAAUGGAAGCAAAAAGGAGGAAAGAUGAACGGGAGAGAAUGGAAAAACUUAAUCUUACAAUUGUUAAAGGUCGAAAUGAAGCACUACAUGAGCUGUUUUUGCAGUGGGUUGAAGAUAAAAAUGGAGUUAUCUUUUUGCACCUUGUCCAGAGUGCUUUGCGGUCUUUUGAAGAUUACAUAAAUCAAAUGAAAGGAGAAAAUGUUGUGAAAUAUUCUGAAGAAAUCGGAGAAACUGAUUUGACAGGGAAGACUUUUUCUUUGAAAGAGUUUCUUAAGUAUGUGAGUGGACAGACAAGCGAUUUUGCAGAAGACAUUUUUGCGGAAUUUCUGAAGCACAUGGGCCAUUUAGCAACAGAAUACAAGAUGUCUGCCCAAAUGGAAUCCAUACGGCUGAUACUGGCGAACCUAUUCAUCUCUUGUGACCAUGGAGACACCGGACUUCUUGAUCGCAAACGUGUUCUCAAGCUACUAGAAACAUUUUACGACAAUUCAAAGAAUCCAACAAUAAAAUCGACACUGAGAAACCCUCGCCAAUGGCCUGUGAUCGACUUUGAUGAACAGGAUGAGAACAUUGAUGACAUCAUUGAAGAAGAAGAUCUGGCUGUGGAAGAUAGUGCAUUUGAAGAGCAAGGAAAAGAAGCUACGUCAUUAAAACAAGGAGAAGUGAACGAAAAUGAUUACAAAGAAAACGAGAAUGGAGGCACAGUUGUUGGGAUUAGUGAGUCGAAAGAAAGUGAAAACGGGGGCACUGUCAUUGAGGGUAGUGAAUCGAAAGAAAAAUAUAAAGAGAAAACGAUGGUUGCUAGCAACGAAUCAAAAGAGAACGACAAUGGGAGCGCUGUUGUUGAUGGCAGUGACACAAAAAUUGGAGAUAAUGCGAAUUCUGAGAAGGAAGUGAAAGGAAACAAUGCAAAUGAAGCAGUAUCGGAUCAAGACAAUGUACAGGAAACGAAAGGUGUUAAGGCUUCAAAGUCGACAGACGCCGUCAAAGUAAGCGAGAAAAUGGAACAAGAAAUCAGAGAGAUUAUUGACGGAAACUCGACAGCAAUGGGUUCCUCAGAAUCCCCAGUCAAAUCAUCCAGAGCGCAGUCAGUGGCCACUGGCUCCAUAUUUGAUCCAACCACACUAAAUCAAGCACAGUUUAUUAACUUGCUUGAAAAAUUUUUAGGAGAGCUCUCGUCGAGGACUGCAAUAGAGACCCUGGUUCGCUAUGUAAGAGCAGGCUAUAUCGAGACAGAAGAAGAAAGGAUGGCUCGAUUAGAAAAGGCACGUGUCGAAGCUCGUUCAGCAAAACGGCGCCAUCUGAUUGACCAGUUGUUCGACCUUUGGGAUGUUGAUGGCUCUGGGUAUUUGGAAAUGACGGAAAUAGAAAUGGUGCUGUCCAAAUGGAGGGAAGAUGGCAUGAAAAUGUUCCCACAAGCUUCGGAUGUUUUUGAAGAGGCUUACGGCAGAAUUAGUCGCAAGAUGUUCAAGCGAUACAUCGAACAGAUAACCAAGAUGUUCCCCGAUGAAGACUGCUUCGAUUCACUGAUUGCCUUUCUGUUUGCAAGUGUCGAGCGUUCAUUUGAAGAAAGAAAACGCGGAGAUUUUCGAAAGAAAUGGCUUCUUGCGGUUGAAAACAGUGCCCGCAUGUCUGGCGCAAUGCUCGAACCUGUCUUCAAGACCAUAUAUCUGGCUCUUUACAAAGAUGCUGAGGUGCAUGGUCGCAACAAGAAGAUUGCCGCCCAUGUUGCGUUUGUCGAGCCGAAUGAUCCAGCGAAAUCGAACCGCGCUGGUGUAAACUGCUUGAAGUAUGUUUCUUGCACGACGGAAGAUGUGCCGUAUGUUUUGGAUAAAACACUUUACAGGGAUAUGAAGUGUGUUAGCUUCACUGUUGUCGAUUCAGGCAAGCCUAUUCACGUUCCACGGGUUCUUCAUAAUGGAGGUGUACAUAUGUGGAAUUCUGCAAGGAAAGAAGAGGGUAUUGAAGGAUCUUUGGUCAUGUUGCCGCUGAAAGAUAACGAGAAGAGGGUAACAGGGGUCAUGGGGAUCGACACCCUCCCUGACCCUCACGAGAAGUCCGUCUUUGUCACACACGAGAUCUCAUUUUACCAGGGUCUAGCUAAAGGAUUAAGUUCUGCCAUUCAAUUCAUUGAUUCCCGACGAAAAACGAUUAAAAUCGCCGAGUCAGCAGUUUCAUGGAUCCUUAGAAGAAGCCAGAACGUGAAAGAGGUUAACAUAUACUUAGUGGAGCCUGGGACAAAGGCAUCUGACGGUUUGGUAUUGCGCAAAAUGGCGACACUGCGACAGAAUCACAACGACACGAAAUACGAAAGUCCACCACGGUUGGAGAGGAAGGACAAUUUAUUCAGAGAUUACCUCUUCAAAUGCAUUGACACUUCGGAGACACUGACUGCUGACGCUUACGGUGAGCGACACACCGCAUUCCCGCUCCGCGAUGCUGAAGGCAUGGCAGUAGCUAUUGUGGACAUCAGCAUUGGUGAUCAAAAACAGCUGCCGCUUCACGAGAGCAAGGAGAUUCAUCGCAUGCUGAAGUUGCUUGCGAUGGCGCACAAAGAAGUUUCGAGAGAGAUCGCUGGGGAGGAGAAAAACAUUGUGCUUGAGGUCGAAAAAGAGCACCAGGAAAAGAGAAUUGACGUGUUGUUUGAUCGAAUAAUGUUGCAGGAUUUGAGGGAUAAUGUCGGAAGACUUGAUGCCAGGGCUUUUGCUGAGAUAAAAAGCUACAAAGAUCCACCCAAGCUUGUUCACGACAUCGUUAAAGCUGUUUUAGAGAUAUACUUCGGUGGGAAGGAGGACGAUGAAAUGGCAGACAAAUUGGAAGAGUGGACAACAUGUAAACAACUGGUAAACGCGGAUCUAGUCAGCUGGAUCAGCACGUUUGAUCCAACCGCCAGCUCAAAUUUGGCUCUUGAUGGAGAAAAGCUUGCUACAAACUUAUCAAAUGUUCCACCAGGUGCCGUCGCAAAGCAUGGCUCUUUACCUGCUCAGUACCUUUUCAAUUGGGCCUUCGUCUGUUUGUCACUUAUCGAGCACACAUCGAAGAUGCGAGAGAACCGUCCGGUCCAGGGCAGUCAGACGGACCAGAAAGAAGAUACUGACGCAAAGAAUACAGUAGCUGAAAAUUGAACUCACUUUAAAAGCAACUCCCAUUGUAAUUAACUUUUCCGUAAUAUUUUUAGUUCCGAGACGAUAA